UUCACUGCACUCUGUCUCUAAGGGAGCUGCCCCUGUCACUCAGGCAUCACUAUCCAAUCACGGCCUCCAGAUGGACUUCCAGUCAGAACGUGGGCGGGUACUUCCGACCCCCAUGGUGAAGGCUCCUGGGGCUCCGUGACUGAGGAAGGGAGACCCUCGUGUUCCGUGUGCUGCGCUGUGACCGGCUGCCGGGAGCUGGGAGGGGAGCGGGGCGAGCUGGGAAUCCGCCAUGGAUGCAGUGACCUAUGAGGAUGUGCAUGUAAACUUCACUCAUGAAGAGUGGUCUUUGCUGGAUCCUUCCCAGAAGCAUCUCUACAAAGAUGUGAUGCUGGAAACCUACUGGAACCUCACUUGUAUAGGUUACAAAUGGGAAGACCAUAAUAUUGAAGAACACUGUCAGAGCUGUAGAAGAAAUGGAAGGUAA